AGGAAAAUCUCAUCUUUUUCCCUCUACGAGAACCACCUUAGGGUUAGGUUUAUUUUCUCGCUUAUUCUCUCUUAACUCUUUUUGUUUUUCCCUAUUCCGAUUUCGAUUCGUCUUCUCCGAUUAGCCUUUCAAUUCGCUCUCUAGACACUAGGGUUAUCGAUUUCUGAAUUCGAUUCGGAUCUGUACUUAGACAUGGAUGUUCGUAAGAGAGGACGGCCUGAAGCUGGCUCAUUCAACUCCAAUGGCGGCGGGUUCAAGAAGUCUAAGCAAGAGAUGGAAUCAUAUUCAACUGGUUUAGGAAGCAAAUCGAAGCCAUGCACAAAAUUUUUCAGCACUUCUGGCUGUCCUUUUGGAGAGAAUUGCCAUUUCUUGCAUUAUGUUCCCGGAGGAUACAAUGCUGUGUCGCAGAUGACAAAUAUGGGACCACCCAUGCCUCAAGUUUCCAGAAACAUGGGUGGUGGAGGGCGAUUCUCAGGGAGAGGAGAGUCUGGGCCUGGCCAUGUCUCUAGCUUUGGUGCCUCAGCCACUGCCAAAAUCAGUGUUGAUGCCUCUUUAGCCGGUGCAAUCAUUGGAAAAGGUGGAGUCAGUUCAAAGCAGAUAUGUCGUCAGACGGGGGCAAAGUUGUCUAUACAAGAUCAUGAGAGAGAUCCGAACCUGAAGAAUAUUGAGCUUGAAGGAACAUUUGAGCAGAUAAACGAAGCAAGUGCAAUGGUAAGAGAGUUGAUUGGGAGGCUGAAUUCAGCAGCUAAGAAACCACCUGGUGGCGGCGGUGGUGGUGGUGGUGGCGGCAUGGGUUCUGAAGGGAAACCACAUCCAGGGAGCAACUACAAGACAAAGAUAUGUGAGAGAUUCUCAAAAGGAAACUGUACAUUUGGCGAUAGAUGCCACUUUGCUCAUGGUGAAGCAGAGCUGCGAAGGUCAGGAAUCGCCUAGGUGUUGCUUGCGUUAGAGAAUAUGAUGGCAGAGCAAAUAUCUUCUCAAGUGGUGGUGGUAUCUGAUAUCAUCUUUCACCUACUUUGUUUUUGUUGGUCAUGAGAUACAAUGUUAGUUUGAUAUCAUUUGUAAGUUUUCUUUUCUUCUUUUCGAUUUGGUGUUUUUUUUUUUCUUUUUGAUUAGAGAUUAGUGUUGGAUAAAAUCUGAGUUUGAAUUGGGAUGGGAGAGAGUGAUUGACAAAAAGACUUAGAAACAAACAAGGAGGUUAGGAUUGUAUGACGUAUUUUAUUCUAUAUUCUUGUUUUCUCUGUUAUUGUCAUAUGUGAGAGUCACUUAUAUAAAAUUUUCAUAUGAAUA